AUGAAACCUCAGUGCCCAAGACCUGAGCCCUCCUGUCCCAAACCACCUCCCCACCAAAUGCUUUCAGAUUCUGAACAGUCCCGGCCAGCUACUGUUGUUCGAUCUAGCAGCGGACACCCUCCAGGGGCGCCUCUGCCUCAGCAGUAUGUCCCUACCUCCGCCACAGGUUCCUAUAUACAAGCCGGCUCUCCCUACGCUCGACAGCAGGCCCCUGUCCAGCGGCUCACGCGACCUCCACUCCCUUCAUAUAACCAGGUCAUAAAAGUCUGCCUACUUAUAAACGUACAGUAGCAAUUAUGUUGAGCUUGUGAGUUAUUCGGUUAUUUUGGGUUUUAGGCCCUUGCCAUGAAACAGCAGCAGAUACCAACUUCCGCUUCUGCUGUCAUGGGCGGCACGAAUGAUGGUCCUCGAUCUAGUCAUAUGGUGCCAAAUGCGAACAGUGGCAUUCCUUCCAGAGGUUAGUGAAAUUUGUUUCGUACUGUCCGAAUUGUGUUUGCUAUUUGAGGCAUUUUGUCCCCGACACGAGGCCGAAACAGGCAAAAGCAGGGGCACGAACAACUCGGACAUUGCGUUACCUAGAGGUGACCUAUAUACGGCGGGUGAAACCAGAUCUUUGUAAACAGUUGGAACACGUGGCUAACCUUACAUUGUCAUGGUAGCCUCUGGCUCUAUGAUUUUCACUUCCCCUCUCUUUUUUGCCCGUUAACGCCCCCUUUUUUCCACUAUUCUCACGGUGUUUGAGUUACCAGCUUUAUCGACUAGCCAGCUUUACGCAAAACCAUGACCUUGUUGUUUAUGUAUUUAUUUUCUGCACGAAUUCAAAUCUGUUGUAUUCUUCCUACGCGUUAUCUAUGUUAUGAAGCGAUAGGACGCAGCUGACGAGCCGUCGCGAAAUUUUUUGGUACCAUUAAAUCCUGCUCUGCUUGCCUGCUUCAGCUGUGUUUACUAGGUCUGAGUCCUGGGCGAUGUUACGCGCUGCCCGUCCCUAAUUUACGAAACUACAACUUAGUUCAACUUAGAAAACCAAACUAAGUUUCAGCUGGCUUCUUGUUGUCUGAGCAUUUUGCCCGUUUUUGUGGCACUGGCUUUACUGAUUUCUAAGUAGCCCAUAAUUGCCUAUGACAGUCGAAUUUCGAAACAAGUGUUUCAACUCCCCCCUUUUCAAGUAAAUUAAAGCGUAUUGAACGGGUUUUCGGGGAUCUGAGAGUAUGAAAGUGUGUCCUGCUCCUGUUUAUUGUUGUAUUGUCCUAUCUCCUAUGAGUAAAAAUAUUGACACUGAAAAAAGAUAGCGUACUGACUUGGUAACCGUCCUGAGAGAUUGGUGUCCUAGGCAGGAUUUCACAUCCCGCCGAACUGAUAUUUUGAAUUUCGUUUGGAAAACCGGCUGUUAUUCACUCUUACAAAACUGACCCGGUAUGAAAAUUUGCCACACCUUUUCUACUGGCACUUUUGCUUUGACUAUAAUCGCUUGAGUCGGCACCAAUUUUGUGGACCCCUAUAGCGUACUCACGCACCAUUGUACUGUUCCUUUUGAAGCCUCGUUGACGGAAAGCUAGGUGGCAGGUCGCUGUUUGCCAAUGAUAACUGUCCGCGUUUUUUCGACUUGUGACUCAAACCUCCGGAGGUUCAUCACAGAGCACGUUUUCCAUUGAUUUUCCUUGUCCCUCGUUGAUUUCAUGAGUUAUUAAUCUCUCGUAGCCCUCUCCUCGAAUGGAACCUGUAGAUGUAUCAUAGUAAUUCGGUUUUAAAAACUUUUCUUAUUCCCGAAUAAUUUCGAACCCGACCUGCUUUUACACCUGCAUUCAGGAUUUCAAAACUACAACCUGUAUAUUUUCCAUGUACGCAAAACCAUGCAUUUCUCUACGAUGUUAAGAGGAGACCAUAUGAGGUUCAUAAAAUUAAGCAGUGUAUUUGGGCAAUAUUGUGAACUUUACGCGCCACAUUCGUAAAUGCAGAUACAUGACGUUUCAUGAACGGCCAUUUAACGGUAUUAAAAAAUCUCACAAUUAGAAUCUUUUUUAAAACUGAAUUAUACUUUUUUGAGUAUGAAAUUGUAAGAUGACGUGAUUUUCUACCGAAUAAGUAAAAGAAUGUAUAUUUUUAUGCAUGUUUUCCAUGAAAUAUAGUUGAAUUUUCAGGGGCAUCGAAAAUCGAUGAGAAAAUUGCAUACUACUUAAGUAGUCAUUUUUGCGGAGUAUAGAUCUUGCAUGCAGCCGAAAAUAAGUUUUUUCGAAAGCCGACACCCUGAGGUAACUGGAUUAUUAUAGAUUUAUGCUGCAUCAUGAUUAGUUUUACAACACUACCUAAUUUAUCUUUUCGAAACGAGAACGCAUUUCGAAAUUUUGGUUGACAUUUCAUGAGUUAGCACAUCUACUGUAGUAUGGAUCUCCCGUAUUAUCAGUGGCUUUCUGCUUAAUUAUAGAAGAGUGUAACGGCCAUGACACGGGAAUAGGUAUCCUUCUUGGGCACCUGUAGUACCUGAGGUCCUUAUUUCACCUUAAAGCCACGAAUUUUUACCAGUGUAUCCUGCCGAGAAAUUUAAUUCGGCAUUCGCAUAUACUUAUUCCCUAGCUUGCUGUAUAGCCCUUGUGUCCUCGCCUACUUUAUUGUUAUGCUUUUUAGAUUUAAGGCCGAGUUGAGGCGUAAUUUGCCCUGCUCAUCCUCCUGCUCCUGCCCUCACUGUUAGCGCCGAUGUCCUGUAAAAACUGCUGACUCCAGAUGCGUCCGCUGCUUGCCUUCACGCAGUGCAAUCAUGAUCCCCUCCCCCCCCCUCCACCCCCUAUACCCAACACUGACGCCAUACAGGUUUCUAACGUGUGUUCGCGCCAAUUUGCCACAA